GGUGACCUGCAGAGCUCCGGGGUGACCCCGGGAGAAGGAUUGCCUGUGCGGAGCCAGCAGGAUUCAAAGGCUGAAAGCUUCCCAGCUGGUCAGCAUGGUUAGGAGAGACCUGAGACCCGAUUUUUGGUUCUUCAGCUUUCUGGUUGGCAAUCUGUCCAGGAGUCUCUUGGCCUUUGCAGCCCUUGCCAAGAAUCAGACUUCUAAAGAUUUUGCUCCUGUCACGAUUGAGACCUCGAGAGAGGUGUACGAAUAUGUGGCUACUACUUUGGACUGGUGGCAUGCAGACAGAUACUGUGAACACCACUUUGCUCAGUUGCUUUUUGAGCCCCAAGAUAGUGAAGAAGCUUCCUUGAGCAAAAUGCUGCAGUCCCACCACAUCAGGGGCUCCAUCUGGCUAAAUGAAAGGGAUGGUGUCCUGCACAAACCAAAACGGAGACGGCACCACAUUGUACCUGUCCUGGUAUUCAGAGACAAAACAGACACAAAAUACGUGAAGGUGCUCUCUGACUUCCCAGCACUGCCAUCUGUCACAGCCUGUGCCCACCUGCAGUGGGACACCAGGACCCAGGAGAUUGCUACCAUCUUCUCCUAUGCUGUGCCAGCUUUUAUUAAUGAGUUCCAGCUCCGGGGCUUUGUUGACGAGGAAGGCUUUGUUCGGUUUGCUCUCAUAGUUCAUGGGCAUCACUCCCCAUACCUGCCCAUGUUCCGUGCUGAUGGACAGUGGCAUCACUUCUGUGUGACCUGGCAGCAGGAAAAUGGGACCUGGGCUAUCUACACUGAUGGGAAAAGGAGGGCAUCUGCCAGCGGUCUGUGUGCUGCGGGGCCAUCUGCCCCCCAGGCCAUCUAUGGCCAGGGGACUUUCAUAAUUGGGCAGGAUCAAGAUUCUCUGGGGGGCACCUUCAAGGCGAAGGAGUCCUUCAGUGGGAACAUCACUGAUUUGCACAUCUGGCAGAAAGUCCUCAGUGCGGAGCAGAUUGAGAAUGUUCGGUCGUGCUGGGUGGUAGAGCAAGACCUCGUGUUUGCAUGGAGCUCAAAUGCUCUGGAGGUGGAAAGCACCGUCCAGGAGGUGACCAUCCAGUUUCUUUGCCCAGGGCCUGUUGAGGAAUGCCAAGUGUUUGAAGUUGGCAGCAGUGGAUUCAGUUACACAUCUUGUUUGCAGCCUUUGCCUUUUAUCUGUCGCUACAGAAAGGAUGCAUACUGGCAACUGAAAAAAGCUCAGAUGGAAUCCAGCCAUUCACUUGUGGGCCACAUGAACACACGUGCAGGGAGGACUGUGAUUCCUGAGAACACCUUCACAACUGACAUCCGAGACAUGAACCUCUCUGUCGCUCUUGAAGUUCUGGAUGUCUUGGCAGCUGUCCUGAGGGAAGGAGAGACACAAGUGCUGGAGUCAUCUGACCUCCUUGUGGUGCUUCAGUUACUGAAACACAUUUCUGAUGUGGAAGUCCAGGAGGGAGAGGAACUGGAGAUGUUGGAGCAGUUGGGCCAAUAUUAUGUGGAAGUGACAGAAUUAAUCUUGGAAGACAAGAAUAUUGAAACGUGGUCAUCAGUCAAUCAGAUUAUCAGAGGGCCUAUGGCUGUUGUUGAGCUCUGUGACAGAAUGGUGUCACACUUGGCCCCACUGCUGACUGCAGGGAGAACGAAGAUCACAAUCCAGCAUGAGAAUGUUGGGAUGGAGAUCAGGAAGCUGGAGCUGAGCAGGCAGGAGCUAAGCAGUGAGGUGUACAUGGUCCAGAGCCAUGAGAAAGGCAGGCAUGACCUCAUUGAAGUGCCUGCAGAAGAAAUGCAAAGACUGAAAGCCAGAGGUCUCCGUGGAGUCACGGUCAAAAACAUGUGGUUUGGCUACGGGUCCUUGCAGCGCUGCCUGUCCGGGACUGUCCCCCAGGAGGUGGCUGCCUCUGACGGAAGGCAGAGGUACCUGAGCACCACGGUGGGCACUGCUCUCAUCUCCUCCACUCUGCUCAGUGACUACCAGGAGAUCAGCACCUCCGUGCGCUACCGCCUGCAGCACCACAUCCAGGACCUGCACCAUCAGCUGGUGGGGCCCAUCUGUGCCUUCUGGAACUUCAGCCUCAGCCCAGAUGCUGGUGGGAUGUGGUCCACAGAUGGCUGCUCUGUGGUGACAUCUCUCCCAGACUCCACUGUCUGUUUUUGCAACCACACCACGAAUUUUGCUGUGCUGCUGCAGGUCUAUGACAUGCAGAGGAGCACCAAGGAGGAGCUCACACUGCAGACCUUGACUUUUAUUGGAUGUGGAGUUUCCUUCUGUGCCUUGAUUGUUACCCUCAUUUUAUUCUUUGCAGUUGGUGUCCCCAAGAGUGAACGAACAACUGUGCACAAGAACCUGAUCUUUGCAUUAGCUGCAGCAGAAGCUCUGCUCAUGUUCAGUGAAUUGGCCAAGACCAGCCAGGUGAUGUGUUUCAUGGUCACUGCCUCCCUUCAUCUCUUCUUCAUGGCAGCCUUUUCAUGGAUGCUGGUAGAGGGGCUUCUCCUGUGGAGCAAGGUGGUAGCAGUCAACAUGAGUGAAGACAGGAGAAUGAAGUUCUACUAUGUGACAGGCUGGGGUCUUCCAGUCAUUAUUGUGGGGGUGACCCUUGCAACUUCCUUUAACAAGUAUGUGGCAGACAACCACUGCUGGCUGAACAUUCAGACCAACGUCAUCUGGGCCUUUGUUGGUCCUGUUCUCUUCAUCCUGGCCGUGAACACCUUCGUGCUGCUCCGUGUGGUUAUGGUGACUGUGUCCAGUGCUCGCAGGAGAUCAAAGAUGCUGACACCCAACAGCAGCCUGGAGAACCAGCUUGGAAUACAGAUCUGGGCCACAGCCAAGCCCAUCCUGGUGUUGCUACCUGUGCUGGGGCUGACCUGGGUGUGUGGGGUCCUCGUCCACCUCAGCAUCAUUUGGGCUUAUGUCUUCAUCGUGCUGAACUCCCUCCAGGGCCUCUACAUAUUCCUGGUCUAUGCAAUCUAUAACAGUGAGGUGAGGAAUGCCAUCCAGAGGAUGAAGGACAAGAAGAAAGCACUCUCAUUCACAAACUGCUCUCAUCCCAUCAACUACUUAUCAAGUCCAAGAAACACAACCUCCUGGGAGACAGGGAAAUUGAGUCCUUCUGCAGCUGACAGUGCCUUGUCGAGCCCUGUGCAGAAAGAGCCCCCAGUGAAGAACAUCACCAACAAAGGAAGUUUUGGAGCCAAAAUUCCCAUGGGGAUUUCAUCAAUCAUGUCACCUGAGAGACCGGCUGUAGAGCUGACAGCAUUCAAAUCCUCAGUGUCUCAGCAGGGCAUGCUUAGACUAUUUGCAAGAUGAUGCCACCCAGAAGCACUGCAGCUUUCUUCCCUACAGUGGACACAUGAGCAAGGCAGAAUCAGUGGCAUCCUGGAGUAA